CCCGCGUGGCAUCUCACGAGACUCACUCACUCGUCUGUUCACCAGCAACCUCGCCAGCCGCUCCCACCAUCAUCCCUUCACUAUAACAGCCGCCAUGGCAGAGAAGCCGCAGGACCUGGUCGAGAAUCGGCACGUGGAGGCGACGCUGGCGAAGGACAAGGGCCCCGACGCUCGCCUCUUGUCCUGGGCCAUCAAGGACUUCACACAGAAGGGCGACAACAUGGCCACGGCCGUCACGAGUGUCGACGUGAGGUAUUCACUAAAGGACGCCGACCAACGCGUAUCCUACGUCGUCAAGAUCAACCCGAUGCGAAAGGAAACGCAGAUUGACGCAUUUACGUGUAACCUCAUCAAGAAGGAGAUUCAUUUCCACUCAGUCAUUCUGCCGGAGCUCAACGAAGCCCUGACAUCAGCGGGCUUCGAGAAACUGAGGAUACCCACGUUCUACUUCGCGGAGACGGAACCCGGCAGAGAAUUGCUCUUCUUUGAGGACCUUCGGGAUCGGGGAUUCAGAAUGACCGACCGCAAGAAAGGCCUGGACGCUGCGCACGCAAAUCUCGUCCUGAAGGAACUGGCGAGAUUCCACGCCACUUCGCACGUUCUGCUGGCCAGGAACGGAGAUCUGACUGACCGAUACCCGCUCCUGAAGACUGACUUCGCUACGAGUACAGGGCAGCAAAGGGAAUUCCUCCAGGGUAUGUUCGGAAGCCAUUUGACACCUGCUGUCAACCUACUUCAGGAAGUCGAGGGAUAUGACAGCGUCCUGCAGUGGGCCAUCCGGACCCAGCAGAAUGUUAUGGACGUCCUUAGAGACCAAGUGACCGACGGAGCGUCUCCUUUCAAACUAAUGUGUCAUGGUGACUGUUACAGCAAUAACCUCCUAUUUAGGUAUGACGCAACAGGUGCUCCGGUAGAAGCGAUGCUCCUAGACUUGCAGGUCACCCGCUAUGCUUCCCUCGCCACUGACUUGAGCUACUUACUCCUCACGAGCCUGGGAGGAUCCGUCAUAAGCAGUAGCGCGCAGGACUUCCUCAACGCCUACUACACGUCCUUCAGCGCCGUGACGGAGGCAGCAGGACACCCCGUUCCCUUCAGCUUCAAAGACCUUCAGGAGGAGUUCCGAAACAAGCUCCCGAUCGGCCUGCUCUUCGGCCUCAUCGUGCAUCCGUAUGUCGUCAUGAGUUCCGCUGACAUGCCCGAGGCGGAGGUGUUCCUCAGCGACCACGACAAGGCGGAGGUCAAGCAGAAGAUCCUGCACGCCCUGGACAACAACCCUCUGCUGAGACCGAGGCUUCUGUCGGUCUGCGACUACGUGAUCAGAGCAGGGGUCGUCGACUAAGGUUUCGCUUGGAAGCUGUGGAAGCUCUGCGUGGAAGUUCUGUGUAGAAGUUCUACGUAGAAGUGUUCUGCGUGGAAGUUCUUCGUGGAAGUUCUGCGUGGAAGUUCUCCAUGGAAGUUCUGGUAGCGUUAUUUCCGGCUUUAAAUCAGAUUUUUACAAGUUGUAGAGUAGAAACUUUUACCAUGCAUUUUCGAAUAACUGUCCGAUUCGUUGUUUCAAAAUUUGGUCAGUAGUUCAUUGGCAAGAAACCGCAUAUCCAAAUUUUUAAAGUCUUUUUAAAGCUUGUGUCCCUAGACUGAAAUGUAAAGAGACCAGAUAUUCAAUUUAUUGAAGUUCUUUGUAGAUGAAAUUCAUGUGAAAAAAUACGAAACAGAGUUCAUAGUUGCAACAGACAAAAUUGAUGUUUAAUGUUUAGCUUUUAAACAAUCAUCGUCAAAAAUAAGAUUUAUAAUACUAAACCCUAUUUGAAAUUUACAUAUAGAUAGACAUUCAUUCAUUCAAUUUUCACUCUUAGACAUGAACUUCAUAAUCGUAAAAUGUUUUUUGGAAGUUAAUAAAAAGAGACAAAUAUAAGAUUUCCUUUUU